UACCGAGUUGUGAGUUAAGCAAGAUGGCGGAGAAGACAGGAGAAGCUGUGGGUCUUGGCAGGCUUACCGGCAGGUUAGCUGUAGUUACAGGUGGCAGCGGUGGACUAGGAGGUGCAGUUUGUCAGCUAUUCGCUAGGGAGGGCGCCUCGGUUGUCGCGGUAGACAUCAACGAGGACAAAGGUCAAGAGAUAGUGGCGGCUUUACCGAACAUGGGAUCACAACAACACCGCUUCUACAGAACUGACGUGUCGUCCUCCACAUCUGUCAAUCAAAUGGUCGCUUCUUUGCGUGCAGACUACCAGAGUGCUCCGUCCGUGGUUGUGACAUGUGCAGGAGUGGCCAUACCGUCCUACUUUCUGGACAUGGACGAGGCAACUUACGACAAGGUGACUAACAUCAACCAAAAGGGGACGUUCCUUGUAGUACAGGCCAUGACGAGGCUGAUGGUAGAAGACAAGGUGAAGAACGGUUCUAUUGUCACCAUGGGGAGCAUCUGUGGAAGGGUGGGCCAACAUGAGUUUACACACUAUUCUGGCACGAAAGGAGCCGUGGUCUCCAUGACUAAAGGCAUAGCCAAGGAACUUGCCCAGUAUGGCAUCCGUUGCAAUGUGGUGGUUCCUACAAUCAUUGAUACCAACAUCGUGGAUAAGUCGUACGAUCAGGAAAGGCUUGAGUAUGUUCAGGAGAAGACCUUCUUGAAACGGGCUGGUAAACCGUCUGAAGUGGCCAACCUGUGUCUGUUCCUAGCAACGGAAGAAAGCAGCUACAUGACCGGGCAGGUCGUGGAAAUUACAGGUGGACAGUAGGAUCCCAGUGGAACGAAGAUGGCCCAUUCUUCCUGCGAAUCGAACGUCACGUGCCGACACGAUGAUUUUAUUACAAACAAUAAAGACUACAUUGGUGUCACACAAAAGGGGAUAACUGUACUCAUAUUUUACUGCAACUAGGUAAAAAGACGCUUGCAUAAACGAGAGUAAGUUUAAAUUACGAUAAAAAAUGUUAAUAUGAUGUACUAUAUAUGAUAAAUGAAGGAAACGUAUACACAUAUUUCUUCCACAAAACCGAGACAUCUUAUUAUUCCCAAUAGAUAUAACCCAGAUGAUGACUUUUUUCCUUUGCACUUUUUUCUUUUUCAUUUGUAUGGUAGAUUGUCUGUAUAGUAGACUUACGUAAAGUCAGAAUAAAUAAUGUAAAAGAUUUCGAGAACCGCGACGACAUACGCUAGUUCGUGAUAAUUAUUUUUUUUUUCAUUUUAUUUCAAUAAUCACUAAUCUGUCUCUGAUAAUAGGACGUCCCACGUGUAGCAACACUUAUUACUCAAUCCGACUGGACACAAAUCAACAAAUAACUUACAUAUAACAUAUAACAUAUGAUUUACAUCUAAACCUACUUUUACGGUUUCACACUGUGCACAAUGCGAUGUGUUUAAGCUACGAUAUCAAUACGAAAACCUGUAAGAGCACGUUUUUACUUUGCAAAUAUACAUAUGAUUAAUUUGCUGAUUUGCAGGCACUUUUCAUAUCCAAUGCAUUUAUUUAUAUUCUUUACAUAACGCGUACGUCAUACAAGGAUUCGUCUCGACGUAUGCAUACGCUUGAGCUACUUACGUCGUUAUAGCUCACAUGUUGAUGUCUAGAACAGCAGACUGUAUGGUAUGUUAGGAUGGUAAAACAUAGAAAUCUUAAACAUGUAACACGUAGUGUUUUGUCCUUUCUGGCUGAGCUGUAAUUAGUCGUUUUGCCUCAAAUAGAAGUAGAAAAACAAGGAUAACAUCAAAUGUAUUUCGGACAAAGGUUUUACGGUAGUCAGCGGGCACAAUGUCUGAAGUAGAGUCAACAGGGGAUGGAGACUCUCUAAACGAUAGUGAUGGAGAUGGUACGGACAGUCCCGAGGGCUCCACACAUGUAGAUGAACAUGGUGAACACUUAAACGAGUCAGAUCCAAUUGCUGAUCACCUGGAG